UUAAAUGUCUUCUCUAUGGCUUCCAUGAAAUAUCAGUGUGUAUUACAUAACCAAUAUGCAUUUCCACUUGUUUUAACAGACCAGCCACCGUUUCUACACUAGAAGUUGCUCUGAGACGGUGCAAUGGUUUGAGUGAACUGGUUUUACCUUAAUUAUAAUAGGUUUGUUUGUGUGUUUUAUUUAUUGUAACCCGGGCGGAGUCCUUACCGACUUAGCUUACUUGCCUCAGCAAUUCACGGAUCUGACAGCCACGCAUUGACAGAGCGAGGGGCGAUGCGGAUAGAGCCAGCCGGGUAGACAAACCGAACAACGGGAACAAGAAGCAAAAACAAACAAACAAAAAGGCAAGCAAAUAAAAGAUGGCCAGUCAAUCCCAAGGAAUCCAGCAGCUUCUCCAGGCUGAGAAAAGAGCUGCCGAGAAGGUCGCAGAAGCGAGGAAACGGAAAACCCGGCGUCUGAGACAGGCGAAGGAGGAGGCGCAGGCUGAGAUUGAGCAGUACAGGAUUGGCAGGGAGAGAGAGUUCCAGCACAAACAACACGCGUCUCUGGGCUCCCAGGGCAACCUCUCCACAGAGGUGGAUCAGCAGACCAGGAAAAAGAUCCAGAGCAUGCAAGGAAACUACCAGAGCAACCGGGAGAGAGUGUUGAGAACACUGCUGAGCCUGGUGUGUGACAUCAAGCCUGAGAUCCACCAAAACUAUCGCUUUACUGCCUAGAGGGGAAAGGGGAGAGGGGAGGAGAGAGGGGAGAGAAAGAGAGAGGGGUGGGAGCCUGGUGUGUGACAUAAAACCACACAUCCAUCUGCCUAGAGAGAAGAGACGAGGGAAGAGAGGAGAGGGAGAAGAGAGAGGAGGGGGGGGGGACAAGAGAGUGGAGACAAGAGAGAGGGGUGGUGCAGUGUGUGACAUUAAUCCACACAUCCAUCAGAACUACCAGAUCACUGCCUAGACAGGGGAGAGGAGAGUGGAGAGGAGAGAUGGAGAGGUGAAGAAGAGGAGAGGGGACCACACUUAGAAAGCAGUGCUAUGGCAAUUUACAUAUCCAUCUGAAAUCAAGCCACUGGAUAUUUUGCAUGUGCAUGGCUAGUUGUACCGUGUGUGCAAAUAUAUAAAACACAAACCCAGAUAAGUGUGUUAAAAGGAGUGCUAGCCCAAUACUAUCAAAUACUUAACACCAAAUAGGGUUAUGAAACAGUAAUUUGCUUUAAUGUCAUUUUUGUAGUUUUUUUUUUUUUUUCAAAUUCCCUGUGCCGGUGUGUUUGCUAUCAUUCUAAGUGGCUCUGGUUUCUGUAUUGUUAUCACUGUCUCAAAAUCUGCCUUUGCCCAGCUUUGAGCUGCUUGCCUGGAGAAUCCUAAAUGCUAGGACAGAACAGCCUUCCUCUUCAAAAAACGUUGACUGUGACUAUAACUCUGCCAGCCCUGCCUGCCCUACAUACCGUACAAACAGACAGAGAGAGUAGGUGGGGCUGGCAGUUGGAAGGUCUCAUUGACGCUUGAUUUGGCUAGAAUGAGAAAGGCUGCCACUUUGGAUUCUCCUGACAAGAAGAAAGCCAGGUAAAGGUGAGAAACACGAGAGGGGCAGAACUGAGAACCACUCAUAUUGCAAAGUCCAUGCAAAGAGGCAGGUCAUGUAAAAAAAAAAGCGAUUGAAAUGAAAGCUACUUAUCAGUCCCUGUGUAUUGUGCUUCCUUGUUUAUUUGUCUUCUUAGCCCUUUCAUGUUAACAGGUGUCACCAGAAAUGAUGUUGGAACCCUAUGGGACUCCUGGGUCCCAGCCUGAGGUAGUGUAGAUAAUUCAGGACUGAAAGGGUUAAGAUAUGCAAAUGUUUCCUAUACAACAUUAUAUAAAAACUGUUGGUACCUGUGCUGUAGGUCACAUGGAGUGAGGUUGACCUACAGCACAGGAAGUGAUUAGGUACCAGUAAGCAGCAGCAUUGUCUUUGAAUUAACUGCAUAUUCUGUAAUGUAAAAUGCAAGCCGAGAACUUGAACAGAAGGAAAGUGGGAUAAGGUGAUGAUAACGUGGCUACUGCUAACAAGAGUAAAGAAAGGGAUUUUAAAGCACUCCUUUCGUGUGUUCUGUGUGAUAAUUGUACUGUACUGUGCAUUCGUAUUGUUAACAACUGUCAUGUUCUGGAACAACUAAUAAAGUUUACAACCAGU